CGGUAAACCGGUCCGGUUGCAUGCCUGCUGAGCGGCUGUGGUUUCAUUUGUGUCAACAGUGUGAAGAUCGACGUGCACAGACCUGAGCGUUGUGUAACAGCAAUUAGAGAGAACGUUGGAGAACGUGGAGCUGAGGGGAGCUUCCUCUAAACAAACACGGCUCAGGUGUUCCAGGUAAUUAUUCUCAGCCCCGGAGAGGAGGAGGGCAGCGGGGAGGAACCAGCCCGGAACCCGCAGACGGCGGAGGAACACCGACGGAGCAGCAUGGAUCUGGCCGGGAGGGUAGCGCUGGUGACCGGGGGAGCUCAGGGCAUCGGCCGGGCGGCGGUCCAGGAGCUGCUGCGGAGUUCAGCCAAGGUGGCAGUGGUGGACCUGAACCAGGCCUGUGGAGAACAGUGCAAGGAACAGCUGGACGCCGAGUUCGGAGAAGGGAACAGUUCCUUCAUCCAGUGUGAUGUUUCCGACGGCAACGCACUGACAGACGCCUUCCAGAGAACCGUGGACCAGUUCGGUCGACUGGACAUUGUCAUCAACAAUGCCGGGAUCAAUAACGAGAAGAACUGGGAGAAAACCAUCCAGGUCAACCUGACGUCGGUCAUUAAAGGAACCUACUUGGCUCUAGAACACAUGAGUAAAGAAUACGGCAAACAGGGGGGAACCAUCAUCAAUGUUUCCUCCAUGGCAGCCUUCCUUCACUCUCCUCACCAGCCGGUUUACACGGCAACUAAACACGGAGUCAUCGGCUUCACCAGAGCCAUGGCGGACGCGUCCUCUCAGGGUGACUACGGCGUCCGGAUCAACGUCUUGUGUCCAGCCUUCGUGGACACGCCACUGCUGCACUCGGUGGAACACGAGGACAACAUGGGAAAGUUCGUCAAGUUCAAGGACGACUUCAAACGCAGCAUGAGCAAGUUUGGAGUUCUGCAGCCGUCGCUGAUCGCUGAGGGGAUGAUGAGGCUGAUCAGAGACUCCAGUCUGAACGGAGCCGUCAUGAAGAUCACCUGCUCCAAAGGAAUCCACUUCCACACCUACGAGCCCCUGUCAGCCUGAGCCGGACUCUGCUGGACUCCAUUGAUUCUCUAUUUAAUGAUCCCGUGAUGUCACUGCUGGACCGGCCUCUGAUUGGUCGGAUCAAACUGUGUCAGAAAUGAUUGUUUCACAGCUGAUUUCUGGUUUGUGUGAAAAUUAAACCUGUUGAGAUCAUGAUGCUGCCUCCACCAUGCUUCACAUCAUGAUGCUACUACCACCAUGCUUCAGAUCAUGAUGCUGCUGCCACUGUGCUUCACAUCAUGAUGAUGAUGAUGCCACCACCAUGCUUCAGAUCAUAAUGCUGCCACCACCAUGCUUCACAUCAUGAUGCUGCCACCACCGUGCUUUACAUCAUGAUGAUGCUGCCACCACCACCGUGCUUCACAUCAUGAUGCUGCCUCCACCAUGCUUCACAUCAUGAUGCUACCACCACCAUGCUUCAGAUCAUGAUGCUGCCGCCACUGUGCUUCACAUCAUGAUGAUGAUGCUGCCACCACCAUGCUUCAGAUCAUAAUGCUGCCACCACCAUGCUUCACAUCAUGAUGCUGCCACUAGCGUGCUUCACAUCAUGAUGAUGAUGCUGCCACCACUGUGCCUUACGUCAUGAUGCUGCCACAACCAUGCUUCAGAUCAUGAUCAUGAUGCUGCCACCACCGUGCUUCAGAUCAUGAUCAUGAUGCUGCCACCACCGUGCUUCAAAUCAUGAUGCCGCCACCACCAUGCUUCACAUCAUGAUGCUGCCACCACUGUGCUUUAGAUCAUGAUGAUGCUGCGACCACCAUGCUUCAGAUAAUGAUGCUGCCACCACCAUGCUUCAGAUAAUGAUGCUGCCACCACCAUGCUUCAGAUAAUGAUGCUGCCACCACCGUGCUUCACAUCAUGAUCUUGAUGCUGCCACCUCCAUGCAUCACAUCAUGAUGCUGCCACCACCGUGCUUCACCUCAUGAUGCUGUUUAUCUCACUGACCAACCAACUCGAUCAAUGAGCAUUCAGAGCUUGUUUGAGUCUUUCAGGUUCUCCUCUGAUCGUGUUUGGUUCUGGAUCUGUUCUCGGAAGACCACGAUGCUGCAGAAGUUUUCAGGGUUUUAAUUCAUUCAGUUAAUAGAAUCUUAAACUUUGAGUGUUACUGUGUUUGAAAAGGAUUUUUCCACAGAAGGAACCGUGUCUAGAAGAUGAUCAGAUGUACAAAUGUAAACUUAGUCCUGGUGAUGGUGCUACAGGAAGCUCAGAGGUCUCAGGAUUCAUCUUCUGAGGAGCAUCAAUGUUCACAUGCUUCAUGUCAGUCUGGUCAGUAAUUAUUGAAAGAUCACAGUAUGAAUGAAACAUGAAAAUAAAAAUGAAAUAAAAAUGUUUAAAAUGGA